GUGGUUUUUGUUUACGGUAUUGGUGGGUUUAUCUAUCUAUUAUUCUAUCUACUAUUGCUUCGUUCCAUCUCACAAAAACAAGAGAGAAAAAAAAAAAGAAAAAGAAAAAAGAAAAUGAAAACGAAAACGAAAACUUCACACGUUCCUGAAAGAGAGAGAGAGAGAGAAAGUUAAGGACUUAAAUGGUUUGUUUCAGUUCGUGAAUUCCAUUAGAUCUCUUGCAUUUGUAAACAGUUUUGCGGGGUUUUUGCUUUGUACGCAACAAGUUGUACUUUUUUUUCCUGUGUCGGAAAAUGAGUUUCAUCGGAAACUUCGUUACUUGAUCGAAGUUUGGUUCAUCGGAUCGAGUUCGAAUGCUGUUUUUUCAGGAGUGACAAAAGAAUCUGGUGUAUUUAUGCUUCUGGUUAUUGGAUGAGCUGUAUAUGUUUUAACUAUGGUGUUGAAGAAGAGAGUAGAUCAUGGAUUUGAUGGCUUACGAGUUCCUGUUAUACCUAAAGCUCCUAGAUCUGCAAGAAGGAGGAUUGCUUUCAAAAAAGCAGUUGAAGAUGGUCAAGUUUGUGCUAUUGAACUACUGGCAUCUUUAGCUGGUCAGUUGUUGCAGGAGAGUGAAGGUUCUGCUUCCAGCAAUGCAUCUGAAGGAAAUCAUCAUCCCCCCUUUAGCCAAGGUGUCAUUGAGCAAGAUAUACAAGAUGGAGUUAAACCAUUAAAGAAGGAGGAAAUUCAUCAGGGAAGUUGUGUAGAGAGUACUUUUAAGACCGAGGUAGCCUCACAAAACAGUAGUCAGAAACCUCUUUCACAUACUAAGACGGGACAUGUUUCAGUUAAUAAUAGUUCUGACUGUUGUGAGAAAGUUGAAGCUGAUGUGAAGUCUGAAAUUUUCGAAUGGGAUAAUAAAUUUGGGAAUUAUUCUAAUAGAUUAGUAGAAACACGUGAAAAUUUUAGGAAGUCUAGUGAUGGUAAAAUAAAGAAUGGGUUUAAACGGGAACAGGAGGCUGGAAGUUCAUGCAUUCGAGGAUCAAAUUUAGCUGAUAAGUGUAGUUUGGAGGGCCACUUAGAAUUGUAUGUAUCUCCUGCACUAAUUGACUCAAAAAGUAAUAAGAAAUCUCCAUUUCAUAGGAAAUCUUUUCCCAGUGCUUCCUUUUCCAGGAAUGGGAAUGGUAUUAAGUUAGGUUUUAGAGAUGAUGACGAAAACUUUUUAAGGUGCAAAAAGUUUUGCACGAAGCCAAAGGCUUUUAGGUCUCCACGACGCAUUGCACACCGAAGAAUCAGGAAUUUGAUGUCUUUCAAAUACUGGAAGACAGCUCCAAAGUUGAAGGACUCUGAACUUUCUAGAUCUGAAUUUGCAGAUCUAGGAGUACCUCGUUAUCAUAAGAGGAAGACUUGUUACGGUUUUGAAAGAUCUCAGCACAAUGCCAUUGUUAAAAAGAGGAAAUUCGUUGACCGGGUUUCAGGAGUAACUUCUGAUGGAGGAUUCAGUAGUGAGAGUGUGUCCAAUUCACCACAGAAAGGGAUGGAUGGAGACAAGCCUAGCUCAUCUGCAAAAUUGCAUGUACCUAAGGCUAAGGAUUCUCAUGUAAAGUUUAGCAUAAAGUCAAUAAGGAUUCCAGAGCUUUAUAUUGAGGUUCCUGAAACUUCAACUGUUGGUUCACUAAAGAGGACUAUCGUGGAGGCAGUGAUGGCUAUACUUGGAGGUGGUGCACAUGUUGGUGUUCUUCUUCAGGGGAAAAAAGUUAGAGAUGACAAUAGAACACUUGUGCAGACUGGUAUAUCUUGCAAUGAAAAUUUGGAUACCCUGAGUUUCAUGUUGGAGCCCACUUCACUACAAGCUUCUCCAACUGUUUGUGUUGGUGAUCCUUCUUCUCAAUGUGAAACAUCCCAGCCUACCAGGUCCACAGAAAUUCCUGUCUUAGAUUCAGGAAUUACUGAUACCUUGCAUGACUCACCCUUGCUGACAUAUCCGGGCAACCUAAUUGAAAGUAACCAUGAGUCUACUUCUUCACUUGCGGACACUACACUUGACAAACUAACACCUGAUUCCAGAGCGAUAGUUGUUGUUCCAGCUACCACAGAAACAUUAGCUGUGGUUCCUGUGAGUCAGAAAACCAAGCGCUCUGAGUUUGUACAGCGUCGAACCAGGAGACCAUUCUCUGUGACUGAGGUAGAAGCACUUGUUCAUGCAGUUGAGGAACUCGGAACUGGGAGGUGGCGUGAUGUUAAGUUGCGAGCUUUUGAGAAUGCAGACCAUAGGACUUAUGUAGACUUAAAGGAUAAAUGGAAAACAUUAGUGCACACCGCAACAAUCUCCCCUCAACAAAGGAGGGGAGAGCCAGUACCUCAGGAGCUCUUGGACAGGGUUUUGGCUGCUCAUGCUUUCUGGUCUCAGCACCAAGCCAAGCAACAUGGCAAGCAUCAAGCUGGACCAGGAACCUUGAAGAUUACAGAAGCCUCAGCUGAAAGACCUUGUGUGUGUUGAAGGUGAGAAGGUGUCCACUUGUGAUAUGAUGAUGGUGUAGAAAGGAGUGGUGGUGUUGACAGGAAAAGAGGAAGACAAAAACUUGUACAUUUUGAUUUGAUUCAAUUUCAUGUAAUAUUCUCACACCAAAUUCUUUGCCGGCCAUUAAUUGCAUGCAGGGUUGGCAUUUGUAAAUGAUUUGAUGCAAUAAGAUUGUUCUAACAGGAACUUAUGAUGUUCUUUGAUUUUUUUUUCUUGAUUUCUCUUGCAUUUAUGAAUGUUUGUAGAAAUGUAAAAAGAACAUAGAACAUGACGACCCAAAGGAAAAGGUGAAAAUGUUCUUGUUAUUAUCUUUCAUUUCAUUUAUGGAAAUUAUUGUUCCCACUUGUUUGAUACUUAA